UGGAUAUAUAUUUGACUAUGUUCGUUAUGUAAGAGAUUGAAGGCGCCUUAUCGAUCGAUCUCUUCGUUUGGAAGUAGGGUGAUGACGAAGACACGCCUUCUUUGUCAAAAAGAGGAAAUUCAGUGGAGCAAAGCGUUGAUGGGGCCACCCACGCUCGAUGCGUUUCAAUGUCUAGGAUAGCUCGUGCUCAGACCCAGGCCGAGAACGUUUCCAAGGCUUCUCCUAAACAAUCUAUAAACCGAAGUCGCACAGAGGUCUGUUCAUGCAUCUUACCACGGCCCGGCAUUGAAAACAAGUCAGUGUACAAUUGGAGAUCAGACCCCUCGCUUGGAUUCAAGGACAAUUGCGAAGCUCAUGUGAAAUCUAGCUCGGAGCUUGAUUAUACUAUAACUCCACAAUCUCUCCAACACUGUAUUCUUUUUCUUUCUCGCAAAUCCUCAUGAAGAUGGCAGAAUUCUCCACCAACGAUCUCUAUACCUGCAACGGCUGCCGCUCAGCAAUCCUCGCCGACCGAGCUCGCGUAUCCUGCCAUGGCUGCCCAAACUACCAUCUCUGCGCAAAUUGUUCCGUCAUAAAGCAGUUCAAUAGCCCGCAUGCCGAGUCCCAUUCAACAAUGGUCUUCAAAGUUUCUGGGUUCGUCGGUCCCCCACCGCCUGGAUUUAACCGCCGAACUCCUCCUCCGUUGCCACCGAGAACGAUGUCCAGCACGAGCACGAAGCAAACCAACAGGCUUUCUGAGAUCCCAACUGCGAAUUGGGGUGCAAUAUGGAACGUUAUUAAGGCUCCACUGGAAAAGAAAGACAAGAAAAUUCGCAAAGAGGGCAUAGACGGAACUGCCAGAGACCAAGGGACCGAAUUGAGGCCAGCCAGCGAAUCACCGCCUCAAGACGGGUUCGAAAUUGCGCCCUUGAACAGGCACCCAAUGAAUCAAUUCCCACCUUCACCACCAAAAUCCGUGCGGCAAAGAAUCGAAAAAGUUGACAGUACAGCACCGUCUUAUCCCCGGCCAGCGAAAUGGGAGCUCUUGUUUGAGGCUGACCAUACGCCAACGCCGAUUUUCGUGGCGUUGAUGAGCACAGUGUUCAGCCAUUUAGAUCCGCAGCACACCGGAUAUUUGAGCCCAGAGGUAUAUUCUGGGUUCUUGGAUAUUCAGGGAUAUCCUCUUCCUGGAAAUAUCUGGAAAAACGCGCUCGACAACGACGCGGGUGACGCCUCCUUAGACGUCGCUGACUUAGAACUCGGCCUCCACUUCUCGGGCCUCGCCAUCUCUCAUACCCUCGCUACGCGGCACAAGUCUUCUCUUUCAUACGACCAAGAUAAUAUGAAGGAGCCUACCUCUGCAGUAGAAGAAAGAAUCAAGGAGUCAAUGCGUUUUGGGGCAAACAUGCCGAUGAUUUCUAGACAGGGGUUUAUUGACCUUGGCAAAAGGGAGUACUUAAGGGACCCGGAUGUAGGGUACAAGUAUUUAAAGAGAGUGGUGUGUGAGUAUGGGAUAUGGGGUGAGUUGGGGGAGAUCCGGAGGAACAUUUUGCCGGCCAGCGGGGCGGGCGAGGAAGAAGAAGACAGACCCCCAUUGCCCCCCCGAGGCAACUCUCUGAGCCAUAUGAAGGUUGAUGGGGGAGAGAAGAAGGUUGAGACAUUGCUUAACGGGGAUGGCUGGGAGCAAUCUUCACCUGGAACCAUCUCUGAAAACCCGGUCGAGAUCAUGGAUGCGGGACAAAAGGUUACAAUGCUACAACAAAACGAGGAGAUCAUAAAAUCGGAGGGGGAACGGGAAACGAGCAAGAACACAGCAGGGUCGACCGAACAAUGCGAUGAGAUGCCCAAGGACCAGGAACAUAAAACAUGGUGCGCAAAUCUACAAGAGACGGAUGCGGCUGAAGCAACAAGCGAGAGGGAUGAUGAUGAAAGGCUCUCACAGUUUGUAAAAAUUUGAAUCGAGCCUAGGGAAUGCAAGCUUUUUCCGGCGGCCGCUGGCUGUCUUCUUUUGUUCGGGGCGCUCCUACGGCUAGCUCUCCGGUGUAUCUACAAACCUCAAAGCAGAGAAUAAAAUUUC